UAUUCGUUGAGGGAGACUUUUGAACAGUAUUAUGCCUCCAUUGUAUGUAUAUACUUUAGUUUCGAUUGGGGCUCUAUACUGUUAUUGUGUGUCAAGGAAGUGUACAUGCACACCUAGCCUACCUGUGUCAAACAAGUGUACAUGCACACCAAGCCUGCCUGUGUCAAAGAAGUGUACAUGCACACCAAGCCUGCCUGUGUCAAACAAGUGUACAUGCACACCAAGCCUGCCUGUGUCAAGGAAGUGUGCAUGCACACCUAGCCUGCCUGUGUCAAACAAGUGUACAUGCACACCUAGCCUGCCUGUGUCAAAGAAGUGUGCAUGCACACCAAGCCUGCCUGUGUCAAGGAAGUGUGCAUGCACACCUAGCCUACCUGUGUCAAACAAGUGUACAUGCACACCUAGCCUGCCUGUGUCAAACAAGUGUACAUGCACACCAAGCCUGCCUGUGUCAAACAAGUGUACAUGCACACCAAGCCUGCCUGUGUCAAAGAAGUGUACAUGCACACCAAGCCUGCCUGUGUCAAGGAAGUGUACAUGCACACCUAGCCUGCCUGUGUCAAACAAGUGUACAUGCACACCAAGGCUGCCUGUGUCAAAGAAGUGUACAUGCACACCUAGCCUGCCUGUGUCAAACAAGUGUACAUGCACACCAAGCCUGCCUGUGUCAAGGAAGUGUACAUGCACACCAAGCCUGCCUGUGUCAAACAAGUGUACAUGCACACCAAGCCUGCCUGUGUCAAAGAAGUGUACAUGCACACCAAGCCUGCCUGUGUCAAACAAGUGUACAUGCACACCAAGCCUGCCUGUGUCAAGGAAGUGUGCAUGCACACCUAGCCUGCCUGUGUCAAAGAAGUGUGCAUGCACACCUAGCCUGCCUGUGUCAAACAAGUGUGCAUGCACACCAAGCCUGCCUGUGUCAAGGAAGUGUGCAUGCACACCAAGCCUGCCUGUGUCAAGGAAGUGUGCAUGCACACCUAGCCUGCCUGUGUCAAACAAGUGUACAUGCACACCUAGCGGGCUUGUGCACAUCUAGCUGGCCUGUGCACUUUGGGCCAGUGGGGUCAAGGUCACUAUAACUUAAAAGUAGAAACAAAAAUCUACUAAUCAAUUUGACUAAACUUUGUGUUUAAAUUUGUCUUCACAGUCAUUAUAUCAGGUGAUUGACAGAAAAUGUAUUUCAAAGCAAAAGAAUAGUCAAGUGCCUUCUUGGGACAACUCUUGUUAUUUGUUACCUGAAUCAUGUUAACUUCACUUACUUAAUGGACUGAGACAAUGUCAAUAGCGAUGCAUACUUGUAUGCCAGUUUUAUUUGUCAUCAUUAACUUAAACAAUAAUUCACCUCAUUGAGUUACUGUGCAUGCUGCAUGCAUCUUUGUAAUGCUUGUUAUUCUGUCUUGCAUAAAAGCAAGUUGGGUUUGCUGAAAGUGUUCAUAACUUAUCAACACAUUUUUGUCUGUGUUUUUGAAAAUGUGACCUACAUGUAAAAGUAUGCUUGGUAGAGGCCACAAUGGCCUGCGUUAUUUAUUCAGUGUUGUCAAUCAUUGCCAUAUAUAUGUUAUGCACGUUGUCAAUGAGUUGAGAUACGUUUUUCACCCUGUACAAAGCAAUUAUUCUGGAUUUAUAUGCAACAGAAUAUCAGUGCCUUAAAAGAAGACAUUUGUUAUUCCAUAAUCAUUUAAAUGUAAUGUAUACUUGUAGCAUUGCCAGUCUUAGUCUUGUUGCAAUAGUGUUGUAUUGAUGAUUUGUGUUUUAUUUCUCUGUAUUAAUAAAAAACGGAUGUUAUGUUAAUAAAAAUGUCAACUACACUACAUGCUAGUAUGAUGGAAAAAAUCAAAAAAGUAUUUGGGGUGCUUAUAUAAAUAGUGACUCUAAAGGAUAUUAAUUUAUUUCUGCAUGAUGGUUUACUUACGGUGCUUAGCAUUGAACAUUAUUCCAACUGCAAGUUGCUAAAGUUAGUUCCUGUAUAAUUUAUGAACCAUGUAUCUUAAUUAUUUUAUUUUGUCAUUAUCUGUGAUAUUUUAUAGAUGAGGCUUUUUAUAAUAGAUAAUAAAAUGAAAGCAAG